CUCAUUCCCUGGUCGCGCUCUCUCUCCUCUCCCGGCUCGCCCAGCCGGACCCAUGGCCGCGGAGGAAGUGACCGGCGGGGCGCGGAAGGCCACCAAGAGCAAACUUUUCGAGUUCCUGGUCCAUGGGGUGCGCCCUGGGAUGCCCUCAGGCGCCCGCAUGCCCCACCAGGGGGCUCCCAUGGGCCCUCCCGGGCCCCCCUACGUGGGGAGCCCCUCCGUGCGCCCCGGGAUGCCCCCGGCCGUGAUGGAGCCCACCCGCAAGAGGUCCGCCCCCCAGCAGGGCCAGCAGCAGCAAGGGCAGCAGCAGCCAGGCCAGGCGCAGGGCCAGGCGCCACCGGCACAGACAACCCAGGGGCCGUCAGGGGCAGCCGGAGGGCAGGGCGGCGCCACCCAGAGCCGGCCCCGCAGUGCCAAGCGGAGGAAAAUGGCUGACAAGAUCCUGCCUCAGAGGAUCCGGGAGCUGGUGCCGGAGUCUCAGGCCUACAUGGACCUCUUGGCCUUUGAGCGGAAGCUUGACCAGACCAUCAUGCGGAAGCGGGUGGACAUCCAGGAGGCCCUGAAGAGACCCAUGAAGCAAAAGCGGAAGCUGCGCCUCUACAUCUCCAACACCUUUAACCCGGCCAAGUCUGACGCAGACGACUCCGACGGGAGCAUCGCUUCCUGGGAGCUGCGCGUGGAGGGGAAGCUCCUGGAUGACCUCAGUAAACAGAAGCGGAAGUUUUCCUCCUUCUUCAAGAGCUUGGUCAUCGAGUUGGACAAGGACCUCUAUGGGCCGGACAACCACCUGGUGGAGUGGCACCGGACGCCCACCACCCAGGAGACGGACGGCUUCCAAGUGAAGAGGCCCGGCGACGUCAGCGUGCGCUGCACCCUCCUCCUCAUGCUGGAUUACCAGCCCCCGCAGUUCAAACUGGACCCCCGCCUGGCCCGCUUGCUGGGCAUCCACACGCAGACGCGCUCCGCCAUCAUCCAGGCACUCUGGCAGUACAUCAAGACCAACAAGCUGCAGGACUCUCACGACAAGGAGUACAUCAACUGCGACAAGUAUUUCCAGCAGAUCUUUGACUGUCCCCGGCUGAAGUUCUCUGAAAUCCCCCAGCGGCUGACGAACCUGCUGCUGCCUCCGGACCCCAUUGUCAUCAACCACAUCAUCAGUGUGGACCCCAACGACCAGAAGAAGACGGCUUGCUACGACAUUGACGUGGAAGUGGAGGACCCCCUGAAGGGCCAGAUGAGCAGCUUCCUCCUCUCCACGGCCAACCAGCAGGAGAUCACGGCCCUGGACAACAAGGUGCCCCUCAAGCGGGGGAUUCACGAGACAAUCGAGUCCAUAAACCAGCUGAAGAUCCAGCGAGACUUCAUGCUGAGCUUCUCCAAAGACCCCAAGGGCUACAUCCAGGAGCUUCUCCGGUCUCAGAGCAGGGACCUCAAGGUCAUGACGGACGUGGUCGGGAACCCUGAGGAGGAGCGCCGGGCGGCCUUUUACCAGGAGCCGUGGUCCCAGGAGGCCGUCAGCCGGUACUUCUAUUGCAAGAUCCAGCAGCGUCGGCAAGAGUUGGAGCAGUCUCUGGGGGUGCGCAACACAUAAGCCCCCCUCUCCGCUCACAUCCUGGUCAUGGUGGCCUUGGGCUCCCAGCUGCCCAGCGGCCGGUGGACUUCUCUCUCACGCCCCAUAGCGGCCCCCACAGGCCUGCUCCACCAGCUUCUGAGCCUGCGCCUCCUCUUGAGGAGACUUCUGCCAUGACUUUGCUCUGCUUCCUCCGGUUGGAUGGUUGGCAGCCGCUGUGGGCUGUGGUCCCCGUGGACUCUCUCCAGGAGGAGAACGGACCCAACGGCCACCUUGGUUUUUGUCCCAUUGCCCUCUGCUUUGGGCUUCCUGGCUGCAGAGGGAUUGAUUGCUGGGCCCCAAGGACUGGGGGGGGGGGCAAUGACAGUACUACCCCACCCGUGUGCAGGGUGCCCCCCCCCCUUUGCAGGCUGCCUAAUGCCAGACCUUUGGAAAGCCAAACCCUUUGCCCUGCCCCCCAGCUCUGGAAGAGGGGCUCCUGACCCCAUUGCUUCCCGGACUGAUCAUCCUCCCCAAGUGGAGGGAGGGGCGGAGGAGGCCGCUCUGCACACACACGCACAUACACACACACACACCCUGGGGCCUCAUUGGUGGUUUCUGCAGGAUGACCAAAGCCCACCCACCCCAUCCUGGAGAGGCCCCCAAAGUCUGGCCCGCCCUUCCCCCCGCUCUUGCUCUGUCCAAGGUGGGGCUGUAAAUGUUCCAAAAAUUCUUGUUUUGGGGGAAAAUUGGGAAAUGUAGUCUUGGCACCGUUUGCAGAUUGGAAGUCACUUUGUUACUUUAGGAUCAUCAAAUGCAUUGUAUGUAUCUUGGUUUGGCAUAAAAAGAUCAUGUUUGGUAGAAAA